CCCAGGGCCAGUCUCUGGAGGGGAAUAAGUGUGAGCUGAGCAAACAGAGCAGGUGGAAGGCAGCCUGCUCAGCUGGCCCUGCUAUCCCCAGCCCAUUGCCUGCGACAGCCUCCGGCUCGGGACGUGUCCCCAUGCAGCCCUUGAUGCUGGGUUAGAUGCUUUGUUUCCAGCCUGGACCUUGGAGUUGGAUGUUCUCCAUCACACCUCCUGGAGACCUGCCGCACACUGCUCCCAGCCGGGAUGGACUCAGCCUGAGCCCCUGACCUCUGAACCUGGGUCCCAUGCAGACCCUCGGUGUCUCAGCCGUGGGUCUGGGUUCAUUCAGUUCGGGCUGUUUACCCGGGGCUUUGGUGUGUUGGCUUGCCGCUUGUCCUCUGCUAUCUGGAAAAGCAAGUCUCCCUGGUCCCUGCCUCCCUCCUCAGGCUUCCCCAUCCCCAGAGGCAAUUGUCUCCCUCAGAUGAGGUGUUUGGCUCUCUAAGAGUCUCGCUGUCGCUUUCUGAUCCCCUCCCAUCGCAUUCCAGGGCCAGAUCAUAGCUGGGCCUCACCCUCCUCUCGCCUCGGAGAGGGACGGGCACAGAGUGGGACUCUGGACUGGAGGGAGAAGUUGGCAGCUGGACUACUGGCAGUGGUGCGUGAAGCUGGGAGCCAUGCGGUGCCAUCUUGUCCGCAGCCUCUCAGGUGCUGCUCUCCUCCUUAUCAGUCUGGUUCUCCUGUCUGUGAGGCAUCAUGGUGUUCGGGACACAGCCCAGUACGAAGGGCUCAGCGAAAGGGCAUCAGCGAGCCCAGCUAAAGCACCCCCAGAGCAUAGAAGAGAAGCCAACAGCAGCAGGCAGGGGCAGAAAGAGUCACAGGCCCCUUUGAAUGGGAGCUCUGGUGCCUUGAGAGGUCUGGAACUGGAAGAGGUUUUCAUCGCUGUGAAGACAACCAAGAAGUUCCACCAGAGCAGGAUGGAGCUGCUCCUGGACACUUGGAUAUCCCGGGCAAGAGAACAGACAUAUGUCUUUACUGAUGAAGAGGAUGAAGCCCUGCAGAAGAGAAUGGGUGACCAUGUAGUAUUCACCAACUGCUCUGCAGAGCAUAGCCACCCAGCACUAUCCUGCAAGAUGGCUGCAGAGUUUGAUGCAUUCUUGGCCAGUGGCCUGAGCUGGUUUUGCCACCUGGAUGAUGAUAAUUACCUCAACCCACAUGCCCUGUUGACGCUCCUAUCCUCUUACUCUCCAGCAUGGGAUGUUUACAUUGGGAAGCCCAGCCUGAACCGGCCCAUCCAGGCUUCUGAAACGCUACCCAACAACCAGACGAAAUCUGUAUGUUUCUGGUUUGCUACGGGAGGGGCUGGAUUCUGCAUCAGCCGCAAGCUGGCAACCAAGAUGGCACCUUGGGCCAGUGGGCAUAACUUCGUGAGCACCUCAGAGCUCAUCCGCCUGCCUGAUGACUGCACUGUGGGCUACAUUGUGGAGUGCAAGUUGGGUGGGCAUCUGCUCCCCAAUGCACUCUUUCACUCCCACCUGGAGAACCUGCAACUGAUCUCCAGGCCCCAGCUCCAGGAGCAGGUCACCCUCAGCUAUGGUGUCUUUGAGAACAAGCUCAAUGUUAUUGAGCUGAGUGGCCCCUUCUCCCAGGAGGAAGACCCCUCCAGGUUCCGAUCUCUUCACUGCCUUCUCUUCCCUGACACUUCUUGGUGCCAGCAGCCUAUUUUCCGGUGAUGGCUGACCUCCUGGACUCAAAGAGUCAUGAUGAGGCCGGCGACCCUCCGUUUGCUCUGUGUGGUAGGGGGCUAUUGGUGAAUCCUGGCUUUCCCCUCUCCCCUCUUCAGUGCCUGCCCUGAGGCCACAUACUGCAGCCAGCCAUAGCCUUGUGGGAGUCUGCUCCAUAAUUGUGGGACAGGGCAAGAGAGGGGAACCCACACCAAGGCUCUUGUAUGCAAAAAAAAGGAUGGCAUGGAUGUGAUACUCAGCUGCAUCCCAAUUUCCCCUGGUCUCCAGAUCAAUUGUGAAGGCUGAGGGAUGGGAGCUGGGGGAAGGUGGGGGCCACAGCAGGGUUCUGGCCCCAGCUGCUGGGUAUGUAUAGGUGAGGACAGGGUGCCCCCUGCUGCCUGGAUGGAGCAUAUAUGUGUGUAUCCAUCCUCUUGAAGCAAAGAUCCUGUGAUACCAGAAUUGGUGUGCUAACAGAGCAUAACUUGCCCCACCUCCAGCCCCUACUGUGUAGAUUCCCUUCAUGUACAGUAUCAGAUCUUCUUUUUGUAACAAACUGGGAAAGCAGCUUUCCUGUCUCUCUACUGAGCCUACUGGUCAGGAUUCCCACAGCCCAGCCCCCCUUGUUGAGCCUGUGGUUAGAUAGUUUGGCUAACUCUCAAGCCUGAAAUAAAAUGAGCUUGUGGUCAAGUCUAUGUAUUCAAUCAUCCCCAGAGAAGCUUAGGGUCCGCCCCAGAAUCUGCUCUGUGACUGGGACAGAGGGAAAGGCAGGCACAACGCAUCUGCUCAGGAGCCUGACGGAGAGGGGGAGUGACAUUGGUGGGGGGAGGGUGCAGUGCCUGCAUUACUCUAAGGAGCUCUCCCUGUCUCUCCUGGUGUUAUUCCUCUCCCUCUUCUCUUCUUAAUCUGAGGUCAGGAUAAUCCUUUCCUUUAAUUAUCUGUCCUUUGAGAUUAAACUCCAACCUCAACCUGGGGGAGGGUGUGAGAGAAGAGACAUAAAGAAGGAUUUGGAGUGGAAUGAAGGGGCAGGGAGCAGGAGGCAGAGAAGGAGCACUAGGGAUGUGGCUUUAUCAUCUUCUUGACCUCCACCCCAGAACCCAUUGAUUUGCUAUGGAGUGAAAAGAGUAAGGCAACUAACUUUUUGCCUUUGUACUUUUUCCCUUCUUCCUCUGUUCUGCUCUCCCACUCAGUGCUGUAGGGAGGAGAGAGAAGAACCAGACCAGUGAUUCUCAAUCAGCGUGUUGUAGCACCCUCAAGUGCUUUGAGAUCCUCUUAAGGGUGCUGCAGGGAGCCAUGUAAUGCUAGCACGUUUAGGUAUGCAAACAUGAUUCACAUGAUAAGCCCAAAGGCUGCCUAUACAUGUGUUUGGAGGUGGUGGGGGGGCGCACUUUAAUUAGAGCAGUUUCUGGAGAGCCACUCUAAUUAAAAUGGCUCACCAUCACAUGUAUAAAGCCCCUCUGUGUUUCAAAAUGGCUGUGGGAUGAUUUAACCAAAGCUCAUUGGACAAGCUUUAGUUAAAGCACUGCAUGGCCAGUUUGAAACAUGGAGGGGCUUAAUACAUGUGACGCUGAGGCGAUGCUAGAGCAUUCUAAUUAGAACGUGGAGCUGACGUAAUUAAUCAGUGCUGCAGGGAAGAGAGAGAAGGAUUAUACCAGUGAUUUUCAAUCAGCGUGUUGCAGCACCCUGGGGUGCCUUGAGAUCCUCUUAAGGGUGCUGUAGGGAUCCAUGUAAUGUUAACACCAUUAGGUUUGCAAACAUGAUUCACAAGAUAAUCGAGUUUUAAUUGAGAUACUACUUAACGCACUGGUUGAGACUCACUGCUCUCUCCUCCCUACAGCACUGAGUGGGAGGGCAGAACAGAGAAAAAAGAAGGGAAAAAUUAAUCAAGUAAUCAUAUUAAUCAAGUAGACUCGAUUAAUCAAGUCUGCUGAUUCAUGUUCUAAUUAGAAUAGGGAUGAGCACAUCUAUAGGCAGCCAAAGAUUUCAAAUAGGAAUUCAUAGUUUUAAAAACAUUGUGACCCAUUGUGGUUUUCCCAAGUUCCUUGCAACAGAAGAUUUGAUCUAUUAUUUUUCUGUAACCAAAAAAAAAAAGAGCAGAAACUAAGAGCUGGCAUUUUCUGUGGGAUGUCGUUGGUCUAAAAAGGUUGAGAACUACUGGACUAGACACAUGAGGGCACUGACUGACCAAAAUGUUUCCCAGCUCUUUGUCCAGGAUGCCCAAAAUGUCACUGGUCGGGAAAUGAGGAGCAGUUAUAUUUUGUCCUUGUACUUGGUAAAUAACUUGAGGGCAAAGAAGCCACUUUCAGUGGGAAUGUGCUUUUCAGAAGUCAGAGGGGCACAAGAGAGAUCUGUGAGGAUUGCAUGUGAAAAAGCAAAUGCAGUUUCUCCAGAGACCUCCAAAUUGGCAGAGGAAUCUUUAAAACUAGAGCACACAGCUGUGCCUGCUGCUGACAGCAUGGAAGUGACCCAUGGAAGGCACAGCUACCUCUUUGCUGUUUCAAAAACCAGGCCGCUCAUCGCCAUGCAAACAAGGUCCUGUUCUCUUGGAGGAUGCUGCACACCUGCAAAUUGCUCUUGGGCAGGCUGCCCAAGGGUUAAAAAACCCACCUUUCAAAGGAGCUUUCCACCUUGGUAAAGAGGGUUCAAGAACUGACAGAGUACUUUGAUUUUUGUAGAGCAAGAAUACAGUGGCCUGGUGUGUCACUUUUCCAAUCGAGCUGAUUCUUCCAGCCAUUAUCCACCUUCUGAAGAAGCAGAGAGCUCUCAAGCCCUGCUGUCUGUCACAUACAACACAGUCUUUGAUCUGGAAACUCCUCUCUGACCAGGAACAAGGACUUGCUGAUAAACAUUAUAUGUUCAUUGAGAGAGAGGCAAUUGUUAUCUCGCACAGCUACACGAGCCUAGUAACCGUGGGAUUCAAAACACUUGAAAGUGAAGCAACCCGCACUUCUGGAAUAAGUGUGUGACAGCACGCUGAGGUUAAGAAGAAGAUUGAAGUCUCCAGUCAAUGCAAUUGAAAUGAUUUGGUUUUCCAGAUAACCAGGACAUGAAAAAGAUUCUGACCGGAAGUGUCACAGAUUCCCAGAAGUUUAGGGCUGGAAGGGACCUUGUGAGAUCAUCAGGUCCAGCCUCCCUGCUCUGGGCAGGAAUGACUGCUGGGGUCAAAUAACCCCAGCAAGGUGUCUUCUGAGAGAAGAGAGGUGUUUACAAUUCUUUUUUAUUAACCAUUCAAGAUCUUGCUUUUCUUGUGUAUUGAGCAAUCAGAUUAAAAAAGGUAAUCCUA